CUGAGAUUAGACUCUAAUCAUUAGAGGAACAUGAAGAUGAAAUAAUUUCGAUAGUAUCGAUUCUUCGAUAGAAUCGAUCGUCUCUAUUUCUUUCUCAAGAAAUUAUUUUCAUUGGUUUGUUGUUCUUCAUCAUGGCCUCUCCAAAUCUUCCUAAUUCAUCUCAACCUUCAGGCAGUGCAUUCAAGCAACAAAAGCUCCCCGCUUGGCAACCCAUUUUAACAGCUGGGACAGUCUUACCGACCUUCUUGUUAAUUGGGAUAACGUUUAUCCCAAUAGGCAUAGGCCUUUUACUUUCCUCGAAUGAGGUUAAAGAGACUACAAUCGACUAUACGUUUUGCGUCAAUGAUGCAAAUGAAACUUGUGCAUCAAAGAUCUCCGAGUCAAAUGCUAAUAAUCCAUGUAAGUGUAUUUUGGAUUUUGAGUUGCAAAGCAGUUAUGCUAGAGAUGUUUUCAUCUACUAUGGACUCACCAAUUUUUACCAAAACCAUCGGAGGUACGUCAAAUCAAGAGAUGACAAACAAUUACUGGGCAUCAAAGAUGCUCUUUCUUCUGAUUGUGAACCAUUCAAGGAGUUUAAUGGAAAACCAAUCGCCCCUUGUGGUGCUAUAGCCAAUUCGCUUUUCAAUGAUACCUUUGCCAUGUUGUACUUUGAAACAUCAACUGGUAGAUAUCGAGGAAUGAACUUAAUCGAAACUGGUAUCGCUUGGGCAACCGAUAAAAACAUCAAAUUUCGUAACCCUUCCGGUGGACUUAAUGAUAGUGAUGCUUUCAAAGGCUAUACUCAUCCACCCAAUUGGCAGAAAAAUGUUUGGGAACUCGAUUCAGAGAAUGCCGAUAACAAUGGUUAUCUUAACGAGCAUCUAAUCGUUUGGAUGCGAACGGCUGCCCUUCCAACUUUUCGAAAAAUUUGGGGCAGAGUGAACCAUACAAUUGAACCUUUUCAUGAUGGUCUUCCCAAAGGAAAAUAUCAGAUUGAAAUCAACUAUCAUUAUCCAGUCACUUCAUUUAAAGGGACAAAAAGAGUAAUUAUAUCCAACACAUCAUGGCUCGGUGGUAAGAAUCCAUUCCUUGGCAUCGCUUACAUUGUUGUUGGGUGUAUUUGCUUAGCAUUAUCAGCUUUCUUUUUCUUCAUUCAUCGUAAAUACGGUAGAAGUGUUAAUGAUAUCAUUAAUGUUACCCAAAGAACUCCGUACUUGAAUUCAUAAAAGUUUCGUCGAUCAUCAUAACAAUAAUAUUUAGAUACAUCGCUUUUUUAGAAACUAUUGGUGCCUCCAUUCAACUUUUUCAGCUUACUUUGUUAGCUCAAAAAGAAUUAACUAAAUUUCUAACCAUUCUCAUCCAAGCAAAAAAAUUCUAUAUCAUGUAAACCACAAUUCAGUUCGCAAUCAACUACCAUGAUACCUCUGAAUCAGUGUUAUCAAGGAGAUGCAAUAUUCCGCCUCAUCAAUCCAUGGUAUCUUCUUUCACAGAGAGAUGUCAAGUCAUUUCUAUUGAUCUCAAAUGUAAUUGUUUUAUCGGCAAAACAUCAGGAUAAACUGAGCUGAAAAGGGACCAUAAUCAUUAAUUUUAAUUGGCAAAUUUUAGAUAUUCACUUGAGAUUUUAAAGGUUGUUUUUAUUUGUUAUUUUCGAUCAUAAAAAUGUAGGUAGAAAAAUUGAAAACUUUUCGAUUGAACUUCAAAGGGAAAUGAAACUGGAAAAUUAGUUUUGGCGACUUCCAAAGGUGUUUUCUUCGCUAAACAUGACGUAAAGAAAACCAUCUUCAUCCCGAUGUCGAUACCAAAGCUCACCAAUUAAGGCACUGGAGACAUGAAAAAACCCCAGAUUGAAUAACCAAGAUUGCAAAGUCAAUUUUCACCCGAAAAUUGUAUUCCAUGUAUACCAAACGUCAUGUAAUUAAAUAAAUGAUUAAAAUGAAUAAGUUAUCGCUUUUUA